AUGUUUCGCGACGCACAUGCCUUCAUCUCGCAGUGCGAUGCUUGUCAGAGGAGAGGAAAGAUCAGCAAAAGACAUGAGAUGCCACAGAAUUUCAUCCUUGAGGUUGAGGUAUUCGAUUGCUGGGGUAUCGAUUUCAUGGGUCCUUUUCCCUCUUCUUAUGGGAACAAGUACAUCCUGGUCGCUGUUGAUUAUGUCUCAAAGUGGGUCGAAGCCAUUGCCAGUCCCACCAACGAUUCCUCAGUGGUUCUUAAGAUGUUCAAGACCAUCAUCUUUCCUCGUUUUGGAGUGCCUCGAGUUGUUAUAAGUGAUGGUGGUUCUCACUUCAUUAACAAGAUUUUCGAGAAACUCCUCAUGAAACAUGGAGUUCAUCAUCGAGUUGCAACUCCUUAUCACCCUCAGACAAGUGGACAGGUCGAAGUCUCGAAUCGUCAGAUUAAGGAGAUCCUGGAGAAGACAGUGGGUAAAACUAGAAAGGACUGGGCUGCGAAGUUGGACGAUGCACUCUGGGCGUACAGGACAGCGUUCAAAACACCUCUAGGCACCACAACUUUCCACCUGCUCUAUGGAAAGCCCUGUCACCUUCCAGUGGAGAUCGAACACAAGGCAGCCUGGGCGAUAAAGCUAAUGAAUUUCGACAUCAAGUCUGCUGCAGAAAGGAGAUUGAUACAGCUGAAUGAGUUGGACGAAAUCAGGCACCACGCCUAUGAGAAUUCAAAGUUGUACAAAGAGAGGACCAAGGCGUAUCACGAUUCAAAAAUCCUCUCCAGGAAAUUCGAACCGAAUGAUCAGGUACUUCUGUAUAACUCUCGUUUGCAAUUGUUUCCUGGUAAACUUCGUUCUCGAUGGUCAGGUCCUUUCAUAGUCAAAGAGGUUCGCCCCUAUGGUGCCAUCGUCCUCCUCACACCAGAUGGCAGCAGGGAGUUCACAGUGAAUGGACAAAGGGUGAAGCAUUACUGGGCCAAAGCUGAGAUUCCGGAUGGACAUAUUGUUCCUCUGGAUGGUGCACCUCCUGCCUGA